UAUACACACACCUGUCACACGUUGUUUCCAAUUUUUGGACAUUAUUUUUUCGAUUUGUUCUCAGCUUUGACAGUCUAUCUAAACAUAUAAACAAUCAAAGUUUCUAAUAUAACGAUUUUCCAUGACGGUUUUCAAUCAUUCAAUAUUUUAUAUUUUAUAAUUACGUAUGAAGUCUCGUAUCAUAAAAAGUGAAUACCAAUGAAUCUCAGCAGUUCAUUACAAUAAGUGUUAUGCAGAAUGGAAUAUAAUAAAGGAUUAGUUUCGUUUUUUUACUUCAAAACCAUCUAAAGUAUCGACAAUCCAAUGCCCCAGCCUGUCUUGUGCAUUUAUUUGUAAGCAAAUAAAAUUGUAAGUAAUUUGUUAUACUUAGUUUGACAUUAUAAUCUCAUAUGUAAGUGAUUAGUUACGGUUUAUGUUGUCAAUAUUUUUCUAAUGACCUUUACUAACAGAUAGUACUAUCUAUUCAUAAUUUAAAAUAGUUACAGUAUUGAAUUGUGCCGAGCAACUACCAGGCUUGAUAAAACAUAUAAUAUUGGUUAUACUCUUAAUAUAUAAAAGUUAAUUUAUUAUAGUUAAAAAUGAAACAAGUUUCAUCAAAAAUUAAUAUGAACAGAGUAAGUAAGACUCUCAACAAUGUUCAAUCAAAUAUACUAACUUGGGGUAAUCCCUUUAGUGACAAUGGACAAGAGGUAGUUAUUUGUAUAACCGGAAAUCCAGGAGUGUCUGAUUUUUACAUAGAUUUUGGUUCAGAAUUGUACAGAAAUUUACGGCUACCUGUUUGUGUAUUAGGUCAUGCAGGUCACGAAGGCAAUUCUCAUAACACAUCAAUUGUAUCAAAAAAUGAUUUGGCUCUAUUUAACUUGGAAGGCCAACUUCAACACAAAUUGGAUUUUAUAGAAAAUCAUGUAAAUCAAACCAGUAAGAUACAUCUUGUUGGACAUUCUAUUGGUGCCUGGAUGAUUAUUGAAUUAUUACAGAAAAAUGAGAAAUUAAUGGAAAGAGUUUUAUCCGUUAAUUUGUUGUUUCCUACUUUGCAAAGAAUGGCUGAAUCAAGAAAUGGUAUAUUUGUCAAUAAUGUUUUUAGAAAAUUUGAUUGGUUUAUUUUGUUUUUAUGUAAACUGUUAUAUGUACUUCCAACUUUUGUUUUCCGUUUUAUUGUUUAUUUAUAUUUAAUGGUUACCUCUAUGCCAUCAUGUUAUUCUGAUACAAUCAUGCAAUUAGUUGACCAUAAUGUGAUUGAAAAGGUUUUUUUAAUGGCUUUUGAUGAAAUGGACACAGUUACAACACUGAACAGAGAUGGCUUGAACAAAGUUAAACAUAUGACCAAUGUAAUUUAUGGACAUCAAGAUAACUGGGCACCAUUAGAAUAUAUGGAGGAUAUAAAAAAGUACCAACCCCACAUCCAAAUGACAGAGACACACAACAUAGACCAUGCCUUUGUACUAAAGUCAUCUGAGUGUGUUGCUAAUAUGGUAGCAAAUUUUAUUAAAUCGAAAAGCAUUAAAAAAAGUUAAAAUAUGUGCACUUAAAUUUAUUAAAAUCGUUAUAUUACAUAUUGUUAAUUUGUUUUUAGAUCAAGAUUUAUAGAAAACCAUGUAUGACAAAAGCAUCUUUUGCCACCAAAACAUAGAAUAUGAUUGAUUUUGAUUUAACAAAUAGUUUUUUUAAAUAUAUAACUUAUUAGUAGAGUAUUUUAUUUAGUUUACAAAUCUUACAAUUGAAUAACAAAUUAUUUAGGAUUAUAAAACGUUAAUUAAACAAUUAUGGUAUGCAUUUGAAAUAAUACAGACCCAAUGAUUUUAAAUUGGCAUUUAUGUAACUGAAUUUGAUGUUGUGAUUACUCAGAUACUUAAUGAUUGUCAUAAUGGAUAUUAUUUAUCAUGUUAUGUAAAGUCUUAUUCAUUGAAUUUAUAUAAGCUUGACCUUUGAUAAUUGCCACUAUAAGAUUUUUAUGGUUUAAUUAAAAUAAUAUUGAGGUUGGUAUUUGAAACAUCUAUAGAUAUUCAGAAAAAAAGAAAAAUUUCUUAUAAAAAUUCUGUGUGACAAUACUAAUUAUAAUUUAACACUGAGCUAAACUAAUAUUUGAUUUUUUAUCUUUUGAAAACAUCCAUUCGAAAAUAGUUACAAUAUAUGUUUUUUUUAUAAUUUUGAAUUCUAAUUAUAAGGAAUAACUUAACAUAAUGUUUUGUUAAUUUGAGACAAUCUUAAGUAGAAGUAAAUUAAAUUGUAUAUAUAGUGAUUUUUUUUGAGAUUGCAGUUUUGUUCUGCUGAUUUUGUUGUAAGCAAUAGAGUAAU